CUUGAUCGACUUAAUUUGAUGGAGGUUUGGUUGGCAGGCAAUGUCACUUCAAACACUCAUCUCAUUGGCGCCUGCAUACCAAGAGUAGCAUGUGAUUUUGAGAGAUUGGCCUCCAAUCAGCCCUUCCUCCAACACGUGGGAGUCGACCAAAUUCAACUCUUACUGCAAAGUCCUUGGAUUUGUGAUGGAAACGAAACAGUGAAAUUCAAGGCACUUUGCACAUGGUUGCGUGUCUCGACCGUGAAUUCCGAGCUUACUAAACGCGAUAGGCACUUCAAGCAUCUCCUGGAGUUGAUCAACAUGAAUAGAUUGUCGAAAGAGAGUGUAAUUGAAGCUUCAGUGGGUGGAUUAGAUUUCAAUUUGACUAAAAAUGCAAGGUGGAGGAAACUGCCCCGAAUGCCAACGCCCAGGUCUGCCACAGGAGCAGCACAUAUACCCGGUGUUGGUGACAUAGUUGUUGGUGGGUACACAGGAACAACACAUGAUAUCAACAUUGCGGAAAUCUUUUUGACAGCAUCAUCGCCUCUAGGGCAUGCAGGCAGUUGGUGUGAAAUCACACCUAUGCUUCAUUCGAGGGUAUCUCCAUCAGCAGAAUUUUUCAAUGGAAAAGUAUAUGUCGCUGGUAAUUUGACUUCUGUGGAGAUGUUGUCCUUAUUUCCUGAAGGACCUUCUCAGUGGACCGAAGUGAUUAAUACCACUUUUCAGCCAAGAUCGAUCAUCUCCUUUAAUGGAAGUCUUCUGUUUGGCUGUGAGUUCAGUUUACUUAUUACAGUCUUGUUUUGA